AUGAUUCGUUUUAAUGUUAAAACAGCAUUAUAUGGAAUACAAAUAGUUAUACCAUAUUUUCGUCAACAAGGUUAUGAUCAUUUAAUAAAUAUAUCAUCUAUUCUUGGACGAAUACCUUAUACAACAUUUCGUUCAAUGUAUAAUGCAUCAAAAGCUGCUCUUAAUUCAUUAAUAACAAAUCUUCGUAUGGAAUUACAAAUUGAUCCGUGUUGUGAAAAAAUUCAUGUAACAACAAUUCUACCUGGUAUGGUAAAAACUAAUUUUGCAAUGAAUGUAAUUGGUGAUUCUGCACCGAAAUCAUUAAUUGAUUAUAAAAUUCCAUUUAUUAGACCUUUUCCUCGAACUUCUCAGAGUAUUGAUGAUAUUUGUAAAAUUAUUUGCAAUGUAAUUCAUGAUGAAAAUCCACCAAGAGAAGUUUAUACAAACCCAGAACAUGAACCAUUGAUUAAACAAUAUUUUGAAAAUGUGGGCAAUUUUGAACUUCUUCUUAAACCAUCAACUUAA